GCCCCACCGUGUCUCAGCACACACCCAUGUCACACCCCUGGCUCCCCGUCAGGAUGACCUGGGAGGAAGGCUCUGGCGUCCUGCUCACAUCACAGCUGGGUUGGGACGGGGUGACUCAUGCAGGAAUUCCCGCCCCGGCCCUGAGGCCGGUGCCAGAUAAACCCUGAACCCGUCCCGCCCUGAGCAGAUGUCUGCCAACCCCAGCGCCCAGCCGUACGUCCCAGGGGGCACCAUGGUGAAGUUUGGGGCAGGCCUCAGGCCUGUGGAUCCUGCCUGUGGCUCCGGCUUGCUCUGCUCAGCUUGUGGCUUUCUGCUCAUCCGGCCCCAGCAGACAGAGUGUGGCCAUCGGUACUGUGCCACCUGCGUCCAGCAACUGCUGGGGGACACAGACAAGGUGACCUGCUACGUUUGUAGCAAGAGACUGAGCCCCAGCCAGAUUUACAAGGACCGAGCAGCCGAGAGAGACGCUCUCAGCACGGCCGUGACCUGCCCCAGAGCCAGCUGCAGCUGGACGGGGACCCUGGCGUCCUACCUGGAGCACCUCUGCCCCCCAGCGGCGAGUCCCGGCCCGGAGGAGAAGUCAGCUCCGAAGGACCCGGAAGCCCACGCAGUGGACGCCCCAUCCCUGGCUCUCCAGCGGCGGAUACAGCAGCUGGAGGUUAUCGUGACGUCCCUGCGCCAGGAGCUCCAGAGCCAGGCCGGUGCCAUGGAAGCUCUGCGGCGCCGGUGCCUCCAGGACCUGCUGUCCCCGGGGGUCUCCGCGGAGCCAUCCGGCUGCUCCCACAGGGCUCGGGGAGCUGUGACGACGUCCCCAGAGCUGGCCAGCGCCGACGGGACCCUGGUCUGGAAGCUCCAAGAGUUCUCCAAGCUGCUGGGGGACGCCAAGGCCAGGAGGAGGGCGUCCAUCUACUCCUCGGUCUUCGCCACCCACCCCUUCGGCUACCGGCUCUGCCUCCGGCUCUACCCGGACGGGGAUGGGGCCGGCCAGGGCACCCACCUCUCGCUGUUCAUGGCCUUGGCCAGAGGGCCCUACGAUGAUCUCCUGCCGUGGCCUUUCCUCUCCAAGGUCACCUUCUACCUCCUGGAUCCCUGGCGGCGGAGGCCGGCCCUGAGGGAGACGUUCGCCCCCGAUCCCUGCAGCACGUCCUUCCAGCAGCCCCGGGGCCAGCUCAACGUGGCUAGCGGGAGCCCCCUCUUUGCCCCCCACGAACUGCUCCAAAACUACCUCAAAGACGACACCCUCUACGUCAAGGUGGUGGUGGACACGUCCAGGAUGGAGGUGUGAGCUUUGGGGGCGGGGGGUUCGUCUGCCCCCAUAGCCUCCUGACUCUUCCUCCCUCAGCCCCCCUAAAGCUCUGACCCUCAAUGCUGCCCCCUACCAUCCUCCAGCUCGCCCGCCAAAGCCUUAGAAAGAGCCUGUCUUGAGCGCUAGCGGCUCGGAAACCUUCCAGCUGCCAAAGGGUUGAUGUGGUGGGAGUUCCCCUUGCGGCUCAGCGCACUACACGCAUGUUGGGCUUUCAGAGCUAAGCUUGUUCUGAGACUGGAUGGGAGACCUCAGAUCCCUGUGCUCAGCAGGGACCCGGCUGUCUGGGGGCUUCGGGGGGAGACAGACCCCCAAAUGCUCAGCAGGGCCUGGCUUGUUUGUGCCGGUGGAUGGGAGACUAAUUUGCUUCUCUGGCUGAUGAUAAUUUAUGACCGUUAAUAACGCCUGGUGCUGCGGGACGGCGGCGCUCGCGGGUUUAUCUAAGCAGUGAAUUGUCUAUUUAUGUAUUUAUUGGCUGGCUGCUGGUGCCCGGGGCCGAGCCGUUCCCCCGGGGGAAGGAGGAGUCUGUGUGUGUGUUUCUGUGUGUGUGUGUGUGUGUGUGUGUGUGAAGCACAAUGAAUCCGGCCCCCGUGCAGUCACGUCCUAGGACACGGCCGGCUGCCCCACCCCAUAUUUAUCGCCAGCAUGUGGUUUAUUUAUUGUGUGAUAUUAUAAUAAAAAUCUCUGUGCGCC